AUGGAUAGUCACAAUAAUAAUAAUAAUAAUAAUAAUAAUAAUAAUAAUAAUAAUAAUAAUAAUAAUAAUAAAAUAGAAAUUGAAUUGCAUGAGAAAUUAUUUUGGAAAAUUUUUAGAAAUAAAUAUAUAUUUAAUGAGAUAUUCUCAAAUUUUCAAUGUUUAGGAAUUAAUAAAUUUAGAUAUUAUGAUAUUAUUCAUAUAUCAUGGAUGUUGGAUAAUGGGUAUAUAAAUUUAAUUAAAGAUAAAAUUGAAUUUCAAAAACAUAUAGUUUUUACAACUCAUUUACCAUCAGUAAUUCAAAAUAAAUUUAGUGAAUCAAAUUUAUUUUUAAAAUCAAUGGAUGAAACAUUUGAAAGAUUAUUUAAAACAUUUAAAGAUAACAAAAAUAUAAAUAAUUUAGAUGGGGACUGUACAAAUAAUUUAGUUUAUAAAUUUUAUUUAAAUUUAUUUUCAGAAAAUUAUGAAAAAAACCAUCAAUUUGAUUAUUCUAAUUUAUUAUUAAUUUCAACGAGAUGUGGUAAUUUAAUUGUAAAUAAAAUUUUAUAUAAAAAAGGUUUUGAACAAGAUACUUUAAAAAAUAAAACUUUCGGAAUAAAGUUAUUUGAAAGUAUAAUGAAAUCAAAUUCUUUAAAAAUGAUUAAUUCAUUUUUAUCAACUUCAUCAUCAUCAUCUAUAAUAAAAGAUAAUAAAAUAUUUGAUUACUAUAAGAAUCAAAAUUUCAAAAAUGAUUUUAAACCAAAUAUUUAUAAAUUAUUAAAUGCAUUAUUUGAUACAAAUGAAAUAACAAAUAAUUUAAAUUUAAAUGAUAAUGAUGUUUUACAAAUUAUUUUAAAAGCAAUCAUUGAAAAAUACUUUCCAUUUAGUGAUCCAUUUUAUUCAAAUUUCAAAUUAAAUAAUUUAAUUGAAUCAAUUUUAUUUGCAAUUAAAAUAAAAAUAAUUAAUGGUGAUUAUAAAAUUAACAAUUGUUCCUAUGACCAAAAUGAAAUUAAUUUAAUUGAUUUUUCAAAUUCAAUAAAAUUAAAAUAUAAUUCAUUAUUAAAAUUAUCAUUAAGAAAAUUAAUUAAUUUUAAUAAUAAUGAAUUUAAUAAUGAAUUUAAAUUAUUAUUAGAAAUUUAUUUAUUUAAAAUAAUGAAAAAACCAAGUCCACCAUUUUUAUAUUAUUUAAAAUAUUAUGAUAAUAUAAAUAUAUAUGAUUAUAAUGAAAGUGAUGAAAAACUAAAAGAAAAUGUUAAAUUUAUAAAAAUAUUGGUUGAUAAUAAAUAUGAUAGUAUUUUACCAAGAUUUAAAAGAUCAGUUUCAAAAUCAAAAUUAUUUAGACAAUCAUUAAAACAUGGUAAUUAUAAUUUAUUAUUAUAUUCAGAUUUAAAUCAAAUUAAUCAAGAAACCUAUAAAGAAUGUGUAUAUGGUUUAUAUGAGAGAAAAUCAAAAACUCCAAAAUUAUUAUUCAAACAUUGUAAAAAUAAUAGAGAAAAGCAAUUUAAAUUCUUAGAGGAAAUUUCAAAGAAUCAAAUUAAAAUUCAUCCAAUAACAAUGAUUUGUAUGUUAAUUGAAUUACAAGAUAUUGAAUUAAUAGAAUUUUAUUUAAAAUCAGUUGAAUCAAUUGAUAAAUGGUUAAAAGAGGUAAAUCCAACACCUACAAUUUCAAUUGCACAUUCAAUUGAAACUAUUGAAAUGUUAGAUUAUUGUUUUAAUAAAUUUAAUAAUCAUUUCAAUAGAAUUUCAAUAUCAUGUUGGUAUGAAUAUGGUCGUAUUAAUUUAAUUAAAAGAUAUACUGAUUUACGAAUUCAAUCAAAUUGUGUCAAUGAUUCCAUUAAAAAUAUACUAUUACCAUUUGAUUCAGAAUUCUUACUACAUAAUAGAAAAACCUCAUUCAAUGGUAAACUUUUACAAACAAUGUGUUGGUUUAUUAAAAUUCAAAAUUUACAAUUAUUUAGUGGUAAUGGUGAUGGGUCGCCAUUAUCAAAUGAAAACGCUGUAAAUGAAUGUAUAGCACUAUGUAGAGAUAAGAAUUUAUAUUUAAAUGAAUUGAUAUUUAUAUUAUCAAAAACAAAAACAAUUUUGGAUGGAAAUAAAAUAAUUAAAAAAAAAAAAUAUAGUGAUAAUAUUAUCAAUACUUUAAAAACAAAUAUUGGUCACAAUAGUAGUGGUGAACUUUCUAAAUUUUCAGAAUUUGUAAAUUGGGCUUACUAUUCUCAAUCGCCAUCAUAUAUAGAUUUAAAUAAAUUUAAAAUCCAACCAAUAAAUUUAUAUUACCAAACUAGUGAAUUUAAUAAAUUAAUGGGUUAUAUUGAAAAUGAAUUUAAAGAGUAUACAAAUGAAAGAUUCUUUUCAAGUAAAAUUUGUAAACAAUUAUUAUUUGAAAUAGGUAGACUUGGUAACAUUUCAGGUUUUAGAAAUUUAUUUAAUUAUUUACCUCAAUCUAUUGAUGCAAUUAAAGAGGUUUUAACAAUUUCAGCACAAUAUGGAAGAAUUAAUAUAUUUCAACAAUUGAAUGAAAUUUUAAAUCAAGAUCCUGAAAUUACUGAAAAUUAUUUAGGAAUUGAUACUCAUUUUAAACAUUUUCUAAUUAAUGUAACUACAACAAAUAGAAAUUUUUAUCUUUUAUAUUACUUUAAUAAUCAUUUUUCAAUUAUAUACAAAUAA